AUGACGUCCACUGCACCCCCUGCGCUCACGACCACUUUCUCUCCGCCAGCGGCAUGCACCACUGACACAUGGUUCAUCGAAAAUUUGUCUGGCACAGACUACUACACCACAACCAUCACCACGGGUAACACCGGCUGGUGGCUGAACCUUGGACCAACCGAUUGGAGCAGUUGCUUUCCCACGAGCUAUGAGACAAACACUGAAUUCUACUAUUCUCCCGGCGUUUGUCCGUCUGGAUACUGGGCUGCUGGCCAAGGGGUCUCUACCAUCGAUGCAAAUGAAGAGGAAACGCAUGCCACCUGCUGUCCCAAUAAUUAUGCCGUGCAGACCGAGUCCCCCACGCUGGAUUGGCAAAAGACGAAUAUGUGCACUUCCCGAAACACCCACUCAUCAGUUUGGUAUUUCACCAAAGGGGGCACUACAUCAAGCUUGACGACAACAGCAGAUGGAAUUAACGCGAAAGGGGUCUCUAUUCGCUGGCGAUCGGCUGAUUUUGCGUCGCAAACAACCAACGCGCAAACAACUAGCGCAACUGACGUCCCUGCGACCGCGACGUCAACAAAUGCUUCAGACGACUCCGAGGUAACACAAUCGAGCGGGCUUACAACAGGGGCAAAGGCUGGUAUUGCAGUCGGUGUUGUUGUUGGUGUGAUUGCAAUAAUCACCGUCGUGGCUCUACUCUGGAUGCGACGAAGGAAAGAACGAAAAAACGCCCAAGUGGAUCCUCAAUCAGAUCCACAAUGGCAACAACUACGGGAGCUUGAUGGUGCAGAAACAUUGACCCAUGAAAUGCCCUCGGGAUAUACUGGGCUACCGGCAGAGCUAGGACCGGAGGCUGAGAACAAACCUCAUUUUGUAUCAGAACUACCCACUAGUCGGUACUGA